AUGGGAUUUGAUGAAGCUCCGCAUGGUCACGGUCAUGUUACCUUCGAAAAUGUCCGGGUCCAUGAGAGCAACAUGUGUCUUGAUGAGGGGCGGGGUUUCGAAAUCAUUCAAGGUCGCCUUGGGCUUGGAAGGAUCCACCACGCAAUGAGAGCAAUUGGGGCGGUUGGUCCUCCCCUAUUAAGACAUGAGGCCGAGAAAGCACUUGAAUACCUUCUAGCCCGCCUCAAUGACCCUACCCGGAGGCCAUUUGGCAAACAACUUGCCGAACAGGGUGUCAUGCUGGAGCGCGUGGCUAAGUCACGUAUUGAGAUCGAUGCUGCCCGCCUUGCAGUCUUGAAUGCUGCCAUUCAGAUUGACCAAGGUGACGCUAAAGGCGCCCUCAAAGAGAUUGCGCAGAUCAAAGUACACGUUCCUAACGUGUGUUUAGAUGUCAUCGAUCGUGCGAUUCAGGCAUAUGGAGCAGCUGGGGUUUCUCAGGAUACCCCCUUGGCACAAAUGUGGACGCUCGCUCGGGCAAUGAGGAUUGCAGAUGGUCCUGAUGAAGUCCAUAUGAUGCAGUUGGGACGGAAUGAAAGUAAGCGUGGCCAAGCGUUACUCGAGCGGAUUCAAGCACAAAAGCAAAAGAGCAAGGAAAUUGCUUGA